UUUUUGACGUCGACUUCCGCUACUAUUGAACGUUAUCGUAACCGUUAAUAAAGGUCAAAAUGAAGCAAGUGUGUAUAGAUAACGAGCUCAAAGAAUAUAACCAGUAUCGCUCACCGCCCGAUCGGAUUGUGGUCUAGUUGCAAGGAGACAUAAAUUCAAAUUGCGACGUUGUCACAACAGUUUUAUAUAAUCAUAUUACUAUUAAAAGUAUAUUUUUAAUUAUUUGCUAAAAAUAUUUCAAUGACUGUGUGCACACAGUGAAAAAUUAAGACAUUGAGUAUGAAAUAUUUAUUUUAAAACAUAUAUUAAUAGGUAAAAUAUACAACUGCAUAGAGUUGUAUUCUCUUGUCUUCAUACCUUCUCAUUUUCAAUCUACAGGUGACCCUUGGUAGUAAUGAGUGCAGCUGAUUAAUAAGAAAAAAUUACUAGUAAAAACAUUCCUGGAGUUCAUCUUUAUCUCUAUAAAUAAAGGAAAAAAUAUUAAGUGAGUACUUUCAAUUUAAUACGUAAUAAAGAAUUGUAAAAUAUUCCUCUCUAACAAAAGCAAUUCCAAAUUCCAUACAUCUUUCUCGUAAAGUUAGGCAUAAUUUUGCAUGAAAAGUUUCCAGCUAAGUAUAAGCUUGUGACUAUAUCAUUAUUUUUAAUUGAUAAUAGAUAAAAUUGUUUCAUAGAUAAUAAUAAAUACCUACUCAUGUUUCUAUUGUAAUUAAAAUUUGAUUUAUCAUGAUCUACUGUGCUAUAAGUGAAUCUUGACAACGUCGCAAAGAAAUUGCGACGAGUGUUUUUUAGAUAAGCAUUCUCAUCGCACGAUCGGAUCACCCCGGUACGAAUCGGCAAGGACGCGUCUCAUUGGUGAACGACACGUUGAAAGUAGGUUGUGACGUCACAGCGUGAAGCUAUAAGUACAAGUCAUUGUCAAAUACUCUGCAUUUUAGUGAAAAGUUGGUUCGUAGAAGCGGAUCAGUCGUAUUUUGUCGCCGUAUAAACGACGCAGUGUGAUAGUUUCGAAUUGUUUACAAUGGCAAGUGAGGCUGAAAGGUUAAUCGGUAUCUCUCUGACGAAAAUUGCGCAGAGCAGAUCUCAUCGUGGUGGUGUAAGUUUGCAUAAAAAUUUACUUGUUGCUACUGUGUUACAAAAAGCGCGGUAUAUUUUUAUGGAGGAGGCAUACAAUAUGGUUCAUUAUCGGCCACCUGCGCCUGUCCAAUCUCGUUCUAAUCUUCCACACGAGGAACUCGUUGGACUCACCGCCGAAGAGGCUUGUUUGGAAGCUAAUUCUUCAUCUGAUACUAUUCAAGAAUCGUCUGCCAGCGAGCUCAUUCAACAAUCAACCUGUGUUAAGUGUUCCGAGAAUCAAGAUAAAGAAAAUCACCCUCCUUACAACUCAGAACUUACCUAUUUGGAUUUAGAUAAGAGUUCGAAUGUGUUAAGAGAGAGAAGUAACUCUCCUUCUUUAAAAAGACGACGUGCUGUUGCUGAAUGGGAAACGGAGGAAGCCGUCCAAUCUAUUCUGCCAAAAAAAAGUAAGCAGGACGAUGAUAGUGAUGAUUCAGUGUUUUUAGAUGACGCCACGUUGUUAUCUGAUGCCGUAAGUAAAGAAAUUGACGCAGACAGACAACAACAACAACAAGAAAAUAAUGAUGGUGGGUCUUCAAUGGAAAUUGAUCGUAUUACGUCGUUAGUCUCCAUAUUCAGCUUUAGCAUGGGCGAUGGAAAACUCAACAGGUCCAUGUCUACUCCCGAUUUGUGUUCAACGCAGGCAAAAGACAAUCCCGAUACUUUGCAACAAAGACAAUUUAUAGCCAUGACAGUGUAACUAUGAACUCUGUAGAAGAGAGUGUUUUUAGGUAAAUUUUGAAACUCGUAAUUUGUGUUAUAAAAAAACGAUCUCCUUAACAACGACAACCGAUUUUCUUUGCAAAUUAUCUAUUAAUUUAACCGUAUUUGAAUGAUUAGUUGAUACAGGAGCUGUUGGAUAGAUAACAAAUGCAACAAUUAAAAGUUAGCUAAUGUUGAUAUUUUCGGCAAUUUACUUGUAAAUACCCGCGGAGAGGAAGAGUAGAAAAAAAAUACAAAGUACAAAUUAACAUUUUGUAGGUGUCAGUUUAUUUUUUAUUGUUUAAAUAAAUAGACCUUAUUUCCGGUUUGAUAUGACACAUUUUUAAUAUUUGUUUGGUUGUGAUAUCAAAUAUCUUGUUUUUUGUAAAGAGAAUUGAGCCAGGUAUAUAAAAUACCAAGACCAUUGUGAUAGUGAGAUGUAUGUAUUUUUGUAAUAAAAAUGUCUAUGUAAAAAAAAACGACAUGGCCAUGGACAUUUUAAAUAUCGGUCUCGAAGAAAAGGGACCAUCUGCCGUUUUGAAUACAUUCCAUUUCAUACUUAUACCGGAUACACAGAGGUUGAUUUUUUUACCUGGGGUCGUCUUUGUGUUAGGGCGGAUAGGGGUUUGUUUUUUAAAAUUUUCAUGGUUACUGUCGCAGAUUUUGUAUAUAUGUUUUGUUGCUCUGUUUUAAGAGUACUCUAUUCUUGUACAUAUUAAUAUUAUAUGGUACCUAUAUGUUUAAAAAAUAAAACAUGUUUUUUAUUAA